UGCUGCCACUAUUGCAAUAUUGGGGGGGAAAUCUAGCCCAAUCUGGCCACACUGUUGACCCCUUGACCCCUCACCGGAACACAUCCACUCCGAUUAAAUACACACACGGCUCCCCUCGGAGGUGACAGCAGAGAGAACAUGUCGAGGAACACCAGGAUCACGUUGAUCUUUGGAGGGUUCGUCACGGCGGUGGCCGCUGCGUUUUACCCCAUCUUCUUCCACCCGCUGACCCACACGGAAGACUACAGGCAGGUGCAGAAGGUGAACCGGGACGGGAUUAACCAGGCUGACAUCCAACCAGUCGGGGUCAAGGUCUGGUCCGACCCAUACAAGCCCACCAGCAAGUGACCUCCGACCUGACAACUGAGGAUGGAGGGUCACCUGACCUGAACUGUGUGUGCGUGGGAAUGUUUUUCAUUUGUAACUUUAUUCUAUGAAUAAACUCAAAAUCAUACCAAUA